AUGCCCCGAAUUCUCGAGAUCCUGACGCAGUCGAAUGUCGACAUUGACGGCUCUCAACUCCUUGGGGGAGGGAACACCGCAGUCACUGGACUUGCGGCACCCUCCAGCUGGCGACCUUGGAACGGGUUUGACUACGCCACGCUGACUGCGAUCUUCCAAGAGGAGCUCGAAAAGGAGUACCGUUUCGAAGCAAAGCCAGCCCCGCUCGUGCAAGAUUUGCGCAUCUUCAACGAGGAUACCCUCGAUGACAUCCUGCGUCGAUUUGAGGUCGCAGUCGUGAACUACUGUCUCGUAGAACAGACUGGCAGCCCUCAUUUCGGCCGAGGAACUCGAUGCGAAUCAAACAAAUACAAGCCGGAUUGGUCGACAGUUUCGCAUUCCUACAUGGUAUCGUCCAACCGCUUCGACAACCUCCUCCCAGGAGACACCAAGGUCAGCAGCAAGUGGCGACCCGAGAUGAAAAACGAAGGCAACGGGGUCGAGUGGCGGAAGGUUAUGUCACAGAUCAUGACUUACAUGGCCUACUACCGCUCACGAUACGGCUUCAUCAUCACUGACAAAUGCCUCGUCGCCCUGAGAAUCACGCGAAAGCCUACCGGCUCGGGGAUAGCUAGGACGCGCACGCAGCGGUCCACUGCCGUUCCCGUCCGCUAUCCGAACGAGCCUUCGACCAGUAAGGGUGACCCGACCUACAAGGACGACAACCCUCUGGGGUGGGAGUACGAACUCCCAGAAUACGCCAUCGUCCCCUGGAGCGCCAAGGGGCCCGGCCGGCUUACCGUCAAGCUGGCCCUCUGGUUCUUGGGCAUGAUGGCCACGAACGGCGACAGGUACUUGGAUUACUCGUACCCGGACCUGAACAGCUGGCGUUCCGAAAGGGGGGGCUACACCCACAACACAUCGGGUGUUAAAAAGCCCCAGCUAUCCAACGGCGACAAGCGCCAGGAC